GGCAGAAACUCAAGGUCAAUCUCUUCUAGGAGUCAUUCCCAAUCUCGAGCCCAUUUAGAGGAAAGUGGUUCACUCUGAUAACAUCUAAGGGGCUGGUCCGGAGACAAGACCCUGCAAAUGGAUCCCUCCUGACCAUCGAGGGACGAGGACCCGAAACCACACAUGAAGCCGCCACGCAAAGCGCACCCAGGGUCCAACCGGUUCUAACGCGGCACCCGGACUCCCCUCCCCCGGGCCCGGCGAGAUUACCGCUCCUCUCGCGAGAGUACGGGCCAGGCCAGCUCCCGGCGGCCCAGGGACAUAGACUCCAGACCGCUCCCCCUCCCGCGCAGCUGGGAGAGGCGCGCGCGGUAAGGCGGUAGCGGGAGCGGCGGCGGCGCGCACGCGCAGGCAUAACUACUCCACAGCUCCAGGAUGGCAGUCCAGUUCCGUUCACUCUUUCCCUUGGCGUUGCCCGGAAUGCUGGCGCUCCUCGGCUGGUGGUGGUUUUUCUUGCGUAAAAAACAGGUCAGCAGCAGUGAAGAGCAGGCAGAGUCUGGAGCUGUGGCAUUAAGGGCUGGCCCUGCCACCGUGGAACUGCUCCCCAUGGAAGAGGCUUGUCCAACAGUCGUGUUCAUGCCCCCCAGUGUCAUACAGCUGACAGGACAAGACGAGUCCACUGCAAGCGAGCCUUCUAUGGAGCCCCCAGCCUUGCUACAGACGAACCUGCCCCAUCGCAGGGCAGAGUCCUCGGGCAGCCUGCCUGACAGCACUGACUCGAGGUCCCAAGCGAACAGCCCAAAGGUGGAGCUAGCUGUGAUGGGUGACGAGGCCAGAUCUGUCCCACUGGCAUGUCCCCUCACAUUCCCCCAUGAAACGGUGCAGGUGUAUAAGCGAGAGCCUGCACUCGGUAGAGUCCCUGCCACAGAGAAGCAUGGUCCUGGGGAGAAAGCACGAGACAGAGAGAUGGGUGGGGCUGAGGGGACCGGCGAUGCGGUGCUGGGGGGAGAGGUGCUGGACGAGGGUCUGCUGCCCCAGGAGUGUGUCUUAGAACUGGAGAACAACAAGGCCCUCGGCCCACCCCUGGUGGUCGGGGCAGUCGGAGCCUUAUCAAAAGGAGAGUGUGCAGUCUGGAAGUCGUUAAGUGGUGUUGUGGAGCCUGCUCCUGCAGAGCUGGCGAGGGAGGAGGAGACGCCAGCACCCCAGAUCACAGGUGGCAAAGCCAGGGAUAAAGACCUGGUAGAAAGGGGCAAAGAGGAGGCCUUGGAUGACAACAAGAAGAUCGAACAGGCCGCCUCCCAGAUCAUCUCCCAGGUGAUCUUGAAAGCCACUGAAGAGGUCCUGGCCACCACUGUGGGGAAGACUGCAGAGCUGGUGGAUCAGGCUGCGGCCGUUCAGCCCCAAGGGCAGCAAGAGGAGAAGAACUGUGCCCCAGUCAGCCAGGAAACUGUCUCGGGGCAAGACGGUGUGGAGCCCACUCCCGCCACAGCAGGGGAAGCUGCCAGCCCACUGAGCGCUGCCCUCCCCUCACCAGGCCCGCUGGCAGGAGACCUGCCACCACCAAAGACCUAUGUGAGCUGCCUGAGCAGCCCGCUGUCCAGCCCCACCAAGGACAGGAAGCCAAAGAACUCUGCACACCCCAUCUCUCUGGCCCCCUGCCUACCACCAGACACCCCCCUCAGAGAGCCGCUGGAUGAGGCCAGCACCCCGGUGGAAGAUGCCACCUGUGUCACCUGCAUGUCAGACAGCCAGAAUGUCCCCUCAGUGGCCUCCUCGGGGCAGUGCUCAGAUUCCGUCAGCACAUCAGAGCUCGAAGACUGUUGCACAGAGACCAACUCAAGCCCCAGGGACAAGGCCAUCAUCACCCCACAGCUGCCAGACAGUACUGAGGCCUUCAGCAAUGGGCUGCUGAAGGGGGAGUUGUCAGACGUGGGGACUGAGGAUGGCUGGAGUGUGGAUGCGGAAGCCGAUCACUCGGGAGCUGUGGCCAGGCGUGGCUGCCAAAUAAGCAAGUGGGCCCGUGGCGGGCUAAAAUUAGGUUCCGACGGGAACAGCAUGGACUCGGAGAGCUGCGGGGGCGGCGGCAGGAAGACUGACAGCCUGAGCACCCAGGCCGGUUCUGACCCCAAGAAGGUCGACCUCAUCGUCUGGGAAAUCGAGGUGCCAAAGUGCCGCAUGCCUAUAAUCCCAGCACUCAGGAGGCUGAAGCAGGAAGAUUGCAAGUUUGAGGCCACCCUGGGCUACAAACACUUAGUUGGCCGGCUAAUUGGCAAGCAGGGGCGGUAUGUGAGUUUCCUGAAGCAGACCUCUGGUGCCAAGAUCUACAUCUCAACCCUGCCUUACACCCAGAACAUCCAGAUCUGCCACAUAGAAGGUUCUCAGCAUCAUGUAGACAAAGCUCUGAACUUGAUUGGGAAGAAGUUUAAGGAACUGAACCUUACCAACAUCUAUGCUCCCCCGUUGCCUUCAUUGGCACUGCCUUCUCUACCGAUGACGUCCUGGCUCAUGCUGCCUGAUGGCAUCACAGUGGAGGUGAUCGUGGUCAGCCAGGUGAACGCUGGCCACCUGUUCGUGCAGCAGCACACACACCCUACCUUCCAUGCACUGCGCAGCCUGGACCAGCAGAUGUACCUCUGCUAUUCUCAGCCCGGAAUCCCCACCUUGCCCACACCUGUGGAGAUAACGGUCAUCUGCGCUGCCCCUGGCCUGGACGGGGCCUGGUGGCGAGCCCAGGUGGUGGCCUCCUAUGAGGAGACCAACGAGGUGGAGAUUCGCUAUGUGGACUACGGCGGAUAUAAGAGGGUGAAAGUGGACGUGCUCCGGCAGAUCAGGUCUGAUUUCGUGACCCUGCCAUUCCAGGGAGCAGAAGUGCUUCUGGACAGUGUGAUGCCCCUGUCAGAUGAUGACCGCUUUUCACCGGAAGCAGAUGCAGCUAUGAGCGAGAUGACAGGAAAUACAGCUCUGCUCGCCCAGGUGACAAGUUACAGUCCGACUGGCCUCCCUCUCAUUCAGCUGUGGAGUGUGGUUGGAGAUGAAGUGGUGUUGAUAAACCGAUCGCUGGUGGAGCGAGGCCUUGCACAGUGGGUAGACAGCUACUACUCGAGCCUCUGACCCUGGCCCGGGGCUGCUGCUUGCGUCUUUUUUUGCACUGUUGAGACUGGGCUUGGCACUCAAGGCAAAGCUACAACCUGAGAGUAACCAGUGUCAUCCUCUUGAGUCUGCUCUUCCCCACCUGUAGUACCGUGGAGAACAUGAUUCCUUUCUGAAGAAAAGGGACUUAACUGUGGUUCUUUCCAAAGCCAUAGGAGCCAGCUGGCUUAACUGUGCUCUGAGUCUCUCCCAGGUUGUCCUAAUCCCCUCCACUCCAUUCCCCACCUCUUCCAUCUCCCCUCUUCUCGCCCCCCCAGCACCCCGAAGGCUGCAGCAGGCAGGCCAAGGUGUGUGGCCCACCUGAGGGGGUUUCUUUUACUUCAGUCUUUCUUCAGGGAGCAGCCAUGAACUGACUAAUUGGUAUCGAUUCCCUGUAUGGCUCACGUAAAUGGUCUGAUGCAGUUUUUAUGCCCUUCCUCUAGGUCUCUGGGAACCCAGAUUCUUUUUAAUGCAGAUGUAAAUAUGAAGUGAUUGUCACACCUCUGGCCCCAGUCAGCGGGGAAGGGAACAGUGAUCUUGCCAAGCCUGGUUGUAAUUUGUAACCAUUUUCUACUUGUGCAAACUGUAAAUAUAUGUUUAAAAAUGUAAUAUUUUGUACAAGAUACACUGGAGAACAAAGGGAACUCAAGGUUUUUCCAUGCACUUCACCUGUAAGAAGUGAGUCCUGUUGCGCACACCUGCCCACCCCGGCUCCUUCUGCCCGGGAAGGGAGCUUCCUGUGCACCAGACAGGAAAACCAGAUGGGCCAAGCCAUCAUCUGGGGAGUUUUUGCUGUACACAUUUGUUUAAAAAAAAAAAAAAAAGUAACUCAUUGAAUUAACUUGGAACGGUGUGUUUGAUUCUUUUUUCAGACUGCCUCUAGCAUUGUGCAGAUUAUGAAUAAGUAAUUUAAAUAACUUGAACUUAUAUAAAUCUUGAAUUGUAUAAA